AUGUCUGACAACGAUAUGGCUAGCCCUGUAACUCAGGCCAACGGUGGUAUGAGCCAGGCUGAUGUUGACUUCCUCAUGUGCUGUCUUCGCAAUACCACUGGUGGUUCCAUUCAGGUCGAUACUCAGCGAGUCGCUCAACUCUUGAACUACAAGAACCCUCGCUCAGUUUCCAACAAGGUCUCUACUAUCAAGAAGAAGUACGACCUUCCCUUUGGUGCUUCCAGCCGCACUGCCGAAGAAAUGGCCUCUGGUAAUGCCUCCAAGCCUGGCAAGGGUAACACCUCGAAGGCAUCUGACGCCAACGGUGAUAAUGAGCCCGCCGUCUCCACCACCCCAUCAAAGAACCGAGUAACCAAGUCCAAGGCUACUCCAAAGCCUCGUGCUGCUACCAAAAAGACUCCGGUCAAGAAAUCUGCAAAGAAGGUUGCCUCCGAGUCCGACGAAGAGCUUACCGACGUUAAGGAUGAGGAUAUGGAGGAGACCAAAGUGGAAGAUGAUGAGUAA